AUAAACUGUGUACUACAUAACACGCAUUGCAAAUGUGUUAGUAAAAAUGUCUAAAAUAUUUUUAAUUUUUUGUAUUUUCAGUGAAGUGUACACUCAAAAUGAGUACCCUUUAAAUAUUUUACAUUACAAUGAUUUUCAUGCUAGGUUUGUAGAAACGAGUCCAUCUGGAGGAGUUUGUAAUCCAACAGUAGCACCAUGCAUUGGAGGCUUUGCUCGCUUAGCAACUGUUGUAAGAGAGGCAAUGAUAAGGGAACCAAACUCCUUGCUUCUUAACGGAGGUGAUAGCUUCCAGGGAACGAUUUGGUAUAACUUAUUAAGAUGGAAUGUCACCCAAGAUUUUAUGAAUAUGUUACCACAUGAUGCUCAUGUUUUAGGAAAUCAUGAAUUCGACAACGGCAUUGACGGUGUAGUGCCCUAUUUAGAGCAUUUAGAUUCAAAAGUGGUAACAGCAAAUAUAAUUGAUGAUUUAGAGCCCUCUAUACAAGGCUUGUAUCAUCCUAGUAUAGUUGUAGAACGAGACGGACGAAGGAUAGGAAUAAUUGGUGUUAUUAUUUCUACAACCAAUGAACUGGCGUCUACUGGACAAUUGCAAUUUACAGAUGAAGUGGAAGCUGUAAAAGCAGAAGCAGAGAAGUUACAUCGUGAUGGAGUUAACAUUAUAAUAGUCUUAUCACAUUGUGGACUUGAUAUUGACAGAGACAUAGCACUUCAUGGCGGACCACAUAUAGAUAUAGUAGUAGGUGGUCAUAGCCACACUUUGCUAUAUAAUGGCGUGCCACCAGAAAGUUCCGGAUUUGUGGCCCAAGAACCAUAUCCUGUGGUAGUUGAACAACAGACAAGAAAGGUUUUAAUUGUCCAAGCUGCAGCACAUACACAAUAUUUAGGAGAAAUUAAGUUAUUUUUCGAUGACGAUGGAAAUUUAUUGAGAUGGGAAGGUAAUCCCCAUUUUAUUGGAAACGAAAUAGAUCAAGCUCCUGAUGUAUUGGCAAAGAUAAACACAUACCUACCCGAUAUAACACAGAGAGCUACUAAACAGAUAGGAACUUCUAUGGUCCAUAUGUCUUCUAGAUGUGCCUGCUCCGAAUGUAAUUUAGGAAGUUUUAUAUGUGACGCAUUUAUGGAUGCGGUUCUAGACAAAGCAGAAGGAAAUAAUUGGCAUUAUGCCGAUUUUUGUAUAAUUAACCAAGGCGGUAUACGAGUAGAUAUGGAACCUGGAUUGAUAACAUUUGAGACGGUGCUAUUAUCGACGCCAUUUGAGAACAACGUAGAGGUGUUCGAUCUUAGAGGCGACCAUAUAAUGGAAAUGUUAGAAUUUUCUGUAGCUAAUGUACCUUAUCCUGGUGCAAGAAUGUUACAAGUAUCUGGUAUCCAAACAGUUUUUGAUGGUUCAAGGCCACUUGGUUCUCGUGUUGUUAACGUGACUGUGAGAUGCAAAGAUUGUUCUGUUCCUCGAUAUGUACCCUUGAUAAAAGAUAAAUAUUAUAAAGUUGUGUCCCAAAAUUUUAUUGGUAAUGGAGGUGGGGGCUUUAAUAUGAUUUCGGAAAAUAGAAGAAACGUGGAAGUUGUUGGUGUGGAUUACGAUGUACUAAUGCGGUAUAUUGAGAAAGUCAGUCCAGUCUUCAUAGAUGUGGAUAGACGGAUACAAAUUGAACAACCAUGUGUAGUUUAAGAUUAAUAAAUUAAAAAAAAAAAACAAAAAGUUUAUUCCUCUGUAAAUUUAAUGUGAAUAAAACUGGCACAUUAAAAAGACAUUUGAAGGAAGUUUAAGAAUAAAAAUUCUC